GUGGUCAGUGGUUACACCGCGGUCGGAUGGCGUCAUGUGCGCGGCCGUCUGUUUGUCUACGGCGUUCAAUGCACACGCAAAGUGUCACAGCUCUGCAGGCAGCAGCUCUUCUUACUUUUUCUCCUACGAUGUUUGUUGUGUUCGUGCACAAUGUCUUAGGUGCUGCAAGGGUGAGUGUGGGAUCGGAAACCCAUUGUCCUUUGCAGCAAACAUCUCCAUGGCAGCCAGCCAGCCAUCUGUUAGAGAUGCGCCUUGCGAUGCCCCUUGAUAAACAAUCUUGUGGUGAUGGUGUGGUUGUCGAUCAGACGAGCCUUGCCAGGAGCCGGAUUCAAGGCUGGAGUUACUCGGCAAUCAGGGCGAGGGUAUAACACUAGGAUGUUCCAGGAUCACAUCUCUCCUCAAUAUUGUGUAGAGUUCCAGACCAUGUACUCCGUAGUAAAGGUAAAUGGCACUGGGGAUAUGAAAGGAACUCGCAUCCCUAACCCCCGCUGUUGAGGGUGAAACACCGGCCGAUCGGUUGGAAGGAGAAGUCAUUUCCGCGUAAAGCUUGAGCAGCGGACGAUUUUGAUCCCAGGACCCAGUCGAUCGGAGAUGGAUUGGUUCUGUCCCUCUCUCUCCCUCUCUCUCUCUCUCUCCCAACGGGAUAAGGACC